GCCACCCCGCCCCUCCCCUUAAACCUCGCGAGAACAGGAGGCCCCUCAGCCCCGGGUGACGCCUUGGCCAGGCGGUUACGGGAGCCCAGCCCGAGGGAGGAUGACCACAGCGGGCGGGCGGCUGUUGGCCGCGGCCGCGGCUCACUCGGGACGGGUAUGGCGGGGCGGGCCGCGCCUCACACCGGCCGUGCCGCUUGUGCCCUCCCGGAGCGCCACCGUUACUCGCAGCGGCGCCAUUUUGCCCAAGCCGGUUAAGACGCCCUUCGGUCUCCUCAGAGUGUUCAGCGUGGUGAUUCCCUUCCUGUAUGUUGGCACUCAGAUCAGUAAGAACUUCGCAGCCCUGCUUGAAGAACAUGAUAUCUUUGUCCCAGAGGAUGAUGACGACGAUGAUUAACGGAAGUGUCACAGAAGAACAGAAGGGAGAAAGCCAUUGGCAAAGCAGUGGUUCCAACAUCUGUCACCUGUGUUUUGUCCUUCCUGAACGGGACGGGGGCUCUGUGUCCCCUUUGCCAGUGAGUGUCCUGCACAUCUGUAUGACAGAAUCUGUAGAUGCGGGUUGAAGGAAGUGCUUGAUAGGCCCUGCACCCUCACACACACACAUGCUCACCUCAGCAGAGACUGCUUGGGAUUCCUUGUAUUAGCAGCAUGGAAACACUUAAUUAAAGAUCAAGAGAUUAAGAUGUA